GCCGCCAUGGCGGGGCGGGUUGCGGCGCUGCUCGGAGCGCUCGGGUCGCUGGUCGCUGCCGCUGGCCCCGGGGCUUUGCGCGGGGGCUCCUGGAGCAGGGGCGAGGCAGAUGCGGGCUUCUCCCCUCAGCGGUAGCGGCUGAAACCGACGGCUCCGCGGGGCCGGGCGUCCUGCCGUGCUGGGCGCCACCUCACCGGGGGAGGCUCACGGGGAGCGUGAAAGGCAGGUCGGAACUGGUUGCUUGGGAGUGCCUGGCUUUACACCCAUAACUUAAACGUUUUUACGUUACAAGGAGGGCAGAUUUCAGACUCUUCAGGGAUCUGCUCGAGAGAGUGUCAUGGGAUAACAUCUUGGAGGGAAGAGGGGCCCAUGAAAGCUGGCUGAUAUUUAAGGAUCACCUUCUCCAGGCCCAAGAGCAAUGCAUCCCGUCUACGAGAAAGCCAGCCGCACCGGGAGCGGGCGCCGAGGCCGCAGCGCGGACUCGGCCAGAGCUCGGAGCAGGCUGCGCCCGCGUAGCCUCCGCCGCCGAAGACCGGAGAGGGGAGCCCAGUCGCACCCCAACCCCCCCCCCCUCCCGUCCCCGUGGGGCGAGGUCAGCCGUUUUGGAGCCCCGGAGAGAGCGGGGUUGCUGCUCGCCGCUUACCGCGUCCGCGGAGAUGGUUUCUGCCGCGCCCCGCGACCGCCGGCGCGCCACGGCAGUGCCGGGCUGCGCGCACUGAGUGCGGGCGCCCGUCCUGUUCCCAGCUGUCCUGUUUUAUGGAGCUGUGGGCCAGGGCCAGCCCAGCUGCCCUGCUUCCUCCCAGUGAUGCUGCUGGUCCCUGCGUGGAGAGACCCUCAGCAGCCCCGUGGAGCCUGGGGGCCGAGGCAGUAGUGGCAGCAGCCCAACCCGUAUGCCCUGGCUGACUACUAUGGCCGUAUACUGCUAUGCACUCAAUAGCUUGGUGAUGAUGAAUAGCAACAGUGAGGUGACAAGUGGCAGGAGCAAGACGCCACCUCCUCCCAGACAAGUGCUGUCCAGGGGCCCUGAGACACCUGGCAGCUGCCGCCCGCUCCCUGUCUUCAGCCCGGCACCCGUCCCACUCCAGUCCCCGCACCAUAGUCCUGCUUUCCUCUUCCCGCCACUCGAGGAGCCCCUGCGGCAGCAGGGCAGCCUGGAGGGGUGGCAGGGCAGCCAGGGCGAGGAGAAGCAACCCAGACCCCCAGCAACACUGCAACUUCAGCAGGAGCUGCUCAAUGUCCAGGUGAACCAGAAAGUGGGGCUAUUUGAGGCACAUGUCCAGGCACACAGCUCUUCUGCUCAGCUGCCGCAGAGUCCCCAGCAGUCCCAGCUCCUGCCUGCCAGCCCCACCUUGCCAAUGGUCAUGCUUGGGACUGGAUCCCGGCCACGAGACUACAUGGAAAGUGAGGCUCCCGGUGUUGAUGGGGUGCAGGUGCAGCUGAGCACUGCAGAGCCCUCGAGGAGGCCGGUGGUGAUGGUCAUCCCAGCUGUGGGGCUGGCAGAGGGCAGCAGCACCUUGGAGCCAUCAGGACCUGCAUCACAGCGAGAUAAGGUGGUGGUGGCCCCCUCAGGACUUGAGGGCCAGUGCCCAGCCAUAGGUGGAAGCAUCCCUGCCGUCAUCAUCACGGACCUGGGGGGCCCAGAGGAGGAGGCAGGCACCAUGCCCCCCGGCAGCCUGCCUGUCCGGAAGCUGUCGUCAUCCUCAGCCUCUUCCACUGGCUUCUCUUCAUCUUGGGAAGAGUCUGAAGAGGACAUCUCCAGUGACCCUGAGCGCACCUUGGACCAGACACCAGCCUUCCUGCAGACCCUGGACCAGCAGAAGCCGCGAGUGAGCAAAUCAUGGCGGAAGAUCAAGAAUAUGGUGCACUGGUCCCCAUUUGUGAUGUCUUUCAAGAAGAAGUACCCUUGGAUCCAGCUUGCGGGGCAUGCAGGUAGUUUCAAGGCAGCGGCCAACGGCAGGAUACUGAAGAAGCACUGUGAAUCGGAGCAGCGCUGCCUUGACCGCCUGAUGAACGAUGUCCUGAAGCCCUAUGUUCCUGCCUACCACGGAGAUGUUGUGAAGGAUGGUGAGCGAUACAACCAGAUGGAAGAUCUGCUGGCUGAAUUUGACUCCCCCUGUGUUAUGGACUGCAAAAUGGGGGUCAGAACAUACUUAGAGGAGGAGCUGAUAAAGGCCCGGAAGAAGCCAAGUCUGAGGAAGGACAUGUACCAGAAAAUGAUUGAGGUGGAUCCUGAUGCCCCCACCGACGAGGAGAAUGUGCUGCGGGCAGUAACAAAGCCCCGCUACAUGCAGUGGAGGGAGACCAUCAGCUCAACUGCCACCCUGGGCUUCAGGAUUGAGGGGAUAAAGAAAGAGGAUGGCACUGUGAACCGGGACUUCAAGAAGACACGGACAAAGGAACAAGUCAUGGAGGCCUUCAGGGAGUUCACCAGAGGAAACCGCAAUGUUGUGAACAGUUACCUUAACCGGUUGAAGGGUAUCCGUGCUACCUUGGAGACAUCCCCAUUCUUCAAGUGCCAUGAGGUAAUCGGGAGCUCCCUCCUAUUCAUUCAUGACAAGAGGGAACAGGCCAAAGUCUGGAUGAUCGACUUUGGGAAAACUACCCCACUGCCAGAGGGACAAGUUCUCCAGCACAACGUGCCCUGGGUGGAAGGGAACAGAGAGGAUGGCUACCUCUGGGGGCUGGACAACCUCAUUCAGAUCCUGACAGAGUUGUCCCAGAAUGAAGACUUGCACUAAAGCCGCACGUCCGACUCUGCCACUACCCCCAGCCUGUCCCGACUGACUCUUCUGAACUGCACUACAAGACACUUUCCAGCCCUCGCCCUUCCCGUUUGAAAGCUAUACUCUUCCUAUUUAAUAUGGUUUUGUUGGGGUUUUUUAGGUUGUCUUUUGUUUUCCCUCCCCAUAAAUAGAGAGCUAACCUGCCAGAACAAAAGCUGAACUUGAAACCUUGGUUUUGCAGAGUUGGUGAGAGCACACAGCCAGGAGCAGCCCAAUGGGUUGCUUAGGCAAGCAUAUACUUUGCCUGUUACACUUUUGUCUCUUAUGCUGCCUGAUUUUGAUAAAGCCUUUAGACGAAGGAGCCUCUCCCUUCAUUGGCAUCAGUAGCUGUAUCCCAAAAAUGCUCAGUGGCCAAGCCCAAGGCCCUUUGGCUGGGGUGGGAGCCCUUUAAUUGUCUUUACCAGCACCUUUCAGCCUAGGGAACUGGCUGUACCAAAUCCUUAAAUGAUGCUAGAAGGGCAGAUUUGGCUUUUUCUUUGUGUUCAAGACAUCCCAUAGAGGUUGCUUAGUUACUAUCAGGUGGCACCGGGUAUCGAGGGUUUCCCUCCUGCUGCGGGGCCAUGUGGUUGGGCACAGGCCAUGGCUAAGUGCUUCCCACCUGCCUCCCCCACGCUGGGUGCACUGGUAUGGUGAGUAAUAGUUCAAACUCCUCUCUAGAGACCCAGUUUCCCUGCUAGGAGCUGCUUACAGCCAUCCUUAGCUGGGGUCUCCAGCCCUCCACAGGGAAUUAAGACUUUGGGUAGGGCUGAGGGAGAGAAAAACAGCUUAUAAGAGACUACUAUGAUGUAGCCAUCCUGGUUGCUUAGUCUUGUUUGGCAGUAGCCAAGCACAUAUGUAGGGGUAGUGCUGUGAAUACCUGCACUUGGCCCAGAAUGAUUCUCCCACCUGGAGCAUGCAUGUAAUUUUUAUCAAUGGCAGGUGAAGGGUUACAACAGCAAAGCAGCUUUCAAGGUGGCUGGGUUAGUAGUCUUUGACGAAGCAGAGUUGAGGUCAGGCAUCCCUGUGCCUUCCCUUUUUUUCACCGCAGAGCUGACUGACUCUGCUGCUACUCAUUGGCGCCGGCAUCCCAGCCUGCUCCAGCUGCAAGUUUAGCCUCUGCACUCCUGCUCCCUCAAGAACACCCAGUUCCCUAUUUAGGGUGGAGGCUAUUUUUUAACUUCCUGGAACAUUUGAAUGAAAUGGCUUGCUUCUGGCAGAGCUGGUGCACUAAAGGUCAGCAGUUGAAAGGCUGGUGGGGAGGCUGCAGGGCAGGGUGGCAAGUCCCUCACAUUGAGGACAGAAGGAGCAUGCAAGUGCUAGAGGCAGUGCAGGAGCUUGGCAGCCACAGAUCCCUCACCCACCCCAUCCCCAAACCCCUCAUCACAUCUCGCCCGCCUCUGCCAUCAUUUGGUGGGUCCAGCAUCCUCGGUGGGGGAGGCCUUCUCCUGGCAGCAAUAAGGAGGAGUUUGCCAUUGAGCUGUCUGCAGCCAUGCUCCAGCCUCUUUCCUGAGGAUUGAAGUCUCCCAAAAUUUUUCUCUGUUCAUAUCUCACCAGACAGAUGUCAUUAACUCAUCCGAUGCCAUUAUACGUGGUUGCACUGUAUUAGCUCUUUGCCAAGCUUUCUAGAAUAGUCCAUGUGGAAGUGCCUUAAUAGACUUGCCUCUGUUCCAUUAGUGUAGUGGAAAAGGUUGGGUUAUUUUUGUUAUAUUUAUUUUGAUCCCAUUUUAAUUGCACAAAACACUAAAACUUAAUGCAUGAAGUCCCUCUCUUUUUUUUUUAGUAUGUUUUUAGUUUUUAAACCAUCCCUUUUCCAGCUUUGGAGAAAGGGUAUGAACAGAUAUGCAUAGGUAUGUACCAGUUAUUGCUGUACUUUAGCUUCGAGCUGCUUUUAUAUAUGUAUGUUAUUUUUUAAGCCUGUUUAUAAACCAGAUUCCUUGCUUCAUGGCUUCAGAAGAAGCAGAUUGUUCCUCUUGGAUGUCUUACGCCUUUGUGGAGGCUGGAAUGGUUGCUGAGGGAUUUUCCCCGCUCCCACCUUGAUCAUUGGUUAAUAGAGAAAAAUCCAAACCGGUCUGAAACACCAACGCACAGUGCCUGUAAAAAAAUUCUGUAACUUUGCAAAUAAAGGCAUAUGGGAAGCAUU